GAAAGAGCUUGAGCUGAGGAGGUGCUAGUCUAUCAGGUGCUUAGCUGGCCUAUGCAGUGGGGGGGAUGGGUCCAGUAAAGGCUUUCAACGUGAGACCUAGAACUUGAGCGUUGAGGCACCAGGAGACAGGGGAGAACUGGAAACGCACCUUGCAGGAGAACCAGCACUUGACCAGGAUUAGAUUCAUGGAGGUUAUCUUAGCUGAGCUCCUAGGACUCUAGAAGACGGCCUCACCAUGAGUGGGGGACUGAUUGAGAGGUAUGUGGCUGCCAUGGUGCUGAGUGCAGCAGGAGAUGCCUUGGGGUACUUCAACGGGUUGUGGGAGUUCCUCCGGAGUGGGGAGAAGAUUCACCAGCAGCUGGCCCAGCUUGGUGGCCUGGAUGCCAUAGACGUGCAGGGGUGGAGAGUCAGCGAUGACACCGUGAUGCACCUGGCCACGGCCGACGCUCUUGUGGAAGCUGGAAGAGUCUCAGACUUGGGUCGACUGUAUCCCCUCCUUGCUAAGCAUUACCAAGACUGCAUGAAAGACAUGGAUGGCCGAGCACCAGGAGGUGCUUCCGUAAAGAACGCCAUGCUGUUGGAGCCGGACAAAGACAACGGCUGGAGGAUUCCCUUUAACAACCACGAGGGCGGCUGUGGGGCCGCUAUGCGAGCCAUGUGCAUCGGCCUCAGGUUCCCUCACCCCAGCCAGCUGGACACGCUGAUCCAGGUGAGCAUCGAGAGCGGCCGGAUGACCCACCACCACCCCACCGGCUACCUGGGCGCUCUUGUGUCUGCUCUUUUCACAGCCUAUGCUGUGAAUGGCAAGCCUCCCUGGCAGUGGGGACAAGGACUGAUGGAGGUGCUGCCAGAAGCUAAGAAGUACGUUGUCCAAGCAGGCUACUUCGUGGAGCAGAAUCUUGAGCACUGGUCCUACUUCCAAGACCAAUGGGAAAAGUACCUAAAACUUAGAGGGAUUUUGGAUGGCAAGUCAGCCCCUACCUUCCCCAAGCCCUACGGUGUGAAGGAGAGGGAUCAGUUCUACACCUCUGUGAGCUACUCUGGCUGGGGCGGCAGCAGUGGACACGAUGCCCCUAUGAUUGCCUACGAUGCCAUCCUUGCUGCGGGAGACUCCUGGAAGGAGCUUGCCCACCGAGCCUUUUUCCAUGGCGGAGACAGCGAUUCUACAGCUGCCAUUGCUGGCUGCUGGUGGGGAGUCAUGCAUGGUUUUAAAGGAGUGAGUCCCUCCAACUAUGAGAAACUAGAAUACAGAAGCCGGUUGGAAGAAGUAGCCAGGGCUUUAUAUUCUCUUGGGUCGAAGGAAGAUAGGGACUUCUUUGCCCUUUAGGGAGAGAGGAUGUUCAUUUCUGGUGGUUUUUUCUCUUACGUAGUCCCCUUUCUGCUCAAUUUCUUUUCACGUUUUCCAAAGUCAAGAGUCUUAACCUUGUACGUCCUCAGGGAAUUUUGAGAUAACAAGUCCCCGGGGCCCCUGAAACUCAGUCUUCCCAGGCUCAUUCUGUUCUCCCGGAAUCUGUCUUCUUCCUCCCCUGAAGAGUCUUUAACUCGGGUGAUGGGGUCAGCAUCUCCCAAGCUAGAAAUCUUAUAGCCUCCUAUUUCUGUCAUCAUUUUCAUCAGUUAAUCUUUCAUUAAGUUUUUUCUGUUGUUUCAGGUUGAGUUACCCCAAAAGUGGAACCUGGGGCAAGGAUUUGAGUACAGAUAGUUUAUUUGAGAGGUGAUACCAGGGAGCAUUGGUAUGACCAUGGGGUUGCGAGACAGGGAAGAGAGGGGAGGCAGUACAUGGUGCAGUAAUGAGCAGGUUACCACUGUUAGCAGCUGGGACUCGGUCCUUGUGGGUCCUUUCUGUAAGGCAUUCCUCAUGGUUGCCCCCCAUGAGAGAUAAGCAGACCUGGAGUAUUUAUCCACCAACUUCCAUCUGACAUUGGCGGUCCUCACUGGUAAGCCCCUGGUGCUUCUCAGCCUGCCUCUUGUGCGAGGCAAACAUUAAUGCCUUCAAGUAGAGACUCAGAUGCUUGCAGUGGCAGGCUGUAAGGUGCAUGGGAACAGCCAGCAGUGUACACAGCUGAUUCUGCUAGAUGAUUCUAUCUCCUAAAUAUCCUUUACAUCUGUCACCUCUUUUACCUUUUCUAAAAAUAUAUAUUUUAUUGAUUUUUCACAGAGAGGAAGGGAGAUGUAUAGAGAGAAACAUCGAUGAGAGAGAAACAUCAAUCAGCUGCCUCCUGCACUCUCCACUGGGUAUGUACCUGCCAUCAAGGUGCAUGCCCUUGACCAGAAUUGAACUGGGAACCUUCAGUCCACUCUAUCCACUGAGCCAAACCGGUUAGGGCUCUUUUAUCUUUUUGAAGCAAGUAUUUUUUACUUGGAUUUCUGCAACCCAAGCUAAUCACAUCUGUGGAGAUGCUGGUCCUGGGCAUGGCACUUAACGUGUUAUUAGUUUGUUGUUGCUUAUUUACUUGUCUUUAUUCUCCUCUGUACAGAACCUAGCACACAGAAAAUACGUAAUCCGUCUGUAUUACGUGAAUGUGGUCAGCCUCCUAUCUCCAUUCUUGCCAUCUUCGUUGCCCUCCAGAGUUAUCUUUACAAAUAACAAAUUGGUCAUGCUGCACUGCUAAUGAUGUCUAAUGAAUAUAUCACCCCUCUCUUCAUUUCCUGAUAAGUUUGUACUCAUCCUUCAAACCCAUCUCAGAUAGGCCUUCUUGAUAAAACCUGCCCUGAUUAUUCAGGCACAAUCCCAGCUGGUUUUUACAGCCGGAAGUUGUAGGGACUUCUCUUCCUGACACUAGAAUCCUGGCCUGGGGGGCCUGGUGUGGGGCGGGACCUGUCAUUCCUCAGGGGAAACUUUGUAGCUGAAAUCCCUCCCAAGUUUUGUUGUUGUCAAGCCUCAAAUGAGGAUAUUUCCAUUGCUUUUCAGAGAAAGUGGAAGGGCGGGAGGGAGGGAGGAAGAGAGAGAGUGAGAGAGAAACACUGAUCUGAGAGAAACACAUCAACUGGUUGCCUCCCUCUCAUGCCCUGACCAGAGGCAUGGCAGGGAGUGAACUUGCAAACCAGGUAUGUUUUGCAAGACCCUUUGUAGUGUGGGCUAAAGCUCUAACCAUGAGCACACCUGCCAGGACUCUCCUGAUUUUAACGGAUGUGAUCAACCCGUUCCGAGUCUCUACCCCUCCUACCAAUCUUUUUUUUUUUUCCUCCUACCAAUCUUGAAGUUGCUUCUUCUUUAAUUCUUUCCUUGUAAGACUUUCAUUCAGCUCAGUUUCAGUUGUUUCUGAAUGAUGGUUUUUCUGAGUUUAGUUGUAAUUCUGAUGUGGUUGUGGGAGGACACAAGUACAGCAUUCACCUAUGCCAACUUUGGACAGGAAGGCCCUUUCUGAGUUUUGUCCUACCAGUGGUUGGUAAAGCCUGCAUUUGCAAGACAGAGCACUUGAAUUCUAUUCACACUGGUCAAACAACAGACCCAAGAUGCUUAUAUCUUACAAUAUAGAAAAGGGCAGAAGAGUGUAUUUAACAAUGUGAGGCGUGGCGUGUUUUGUAAUUGGUUUGGCGAAUGUUCUGAAUAAGAAGCAAACAUGAAAUGAUUUUAUUUUCUCCAGCUUGAGCCUCAUGCAUUCUCUUUUGAAGCUGCUUUUCCUGUCUCUCAGAGUCAUCUUGGGCAGAUCACACAGUUUUUUGGUCUUGGGGUUGUUGGGUGGCGAGUAUUAAAAACCCAAUCCAGUUCAUCCCAGUCCAGUUUUUUUUGUUUGUUUGUUUGUUUUUUAAUUUCAGUUUUAUUGAGGUACAAUAUAAUUGAUAUACAGAUGAUAAGAUAUUUAAAGUGUAAACUGUGGUGAUUUGAUAAUUUGUACAUUAUAAAAUGAUUUUAUUUAUCUAAUUAACACCCCAUCAUCUCACAUAUUUAUCUUUUUUUGUGUGUAUGAGAACAUCUAAGUUCUACUCUUAAUAAAUUUCAAUUAUAUACUACAAUGUUAUCAAUUACAAUCACCAUGUUUUAAGUCAGAUCCUUAUUUAUCUUACAGCUGAAAGUUUGUACCCUUUUGUCAACUCUUCCUAUUUUUCCCAACCCCCAGGCCCUGACAACCACUUUUCUACUCUCUUUCUAUGAAUUUGACUUAAAUAAAAAAAAAAUUCCAAAUAUAAAUGA